AUGGACGCAUCAAAAUCUAGCAGUACCGUGCCGCCUCAAUCUCCGCCUCCGCCUCAGCCUCAGCCUCCGCCUCCGUCUGGGACCUCAUCGCCUCCAUCUUCUCCUCUGCCUAACUCCUCACCGCCUCCCCUUCAUCAGACCGACGCAGACGAAGACGACGAGAACGUCAAGCAACUCAAAGAAUGCUCUGUUCUCUACUUAUCUUUACAGGAAUGCCUUGUUCAGAGCAACAGGAAUUGGAAAUCUUGCCAAUUGGAGGUAAAGGCUUUGAAGGAAUGUCAUGAGAGGAAGCGCAAUAACAAAGAACAGUGAGAAUUGCUGAGAGUCACAAACUGCAGCAAGAAUUAGCUAAAAUUUAGUAAGUGAGAUAACAUUUCUUCAUUCUCAAUUUUGGUGAAUGCUAAGAUCUGAAAUGCUUAUUGGAGAGUCAGGUAAACUACAAGUAGGUUUUGGUGUUUUGGGAUUGUUUCUGGUAUUUUGUAGCUGAGUUCAGUUGUUUUUCUUUUUGGGGUUUGCUUGAGCCUUAUUUGUGAUUUCCCUGCAGUUAUUUCUCUUCUUUUUUUUUUUUUUUUUAAUUUUUAAAUGAGGUGUGUAAAGACCUGGUCAUCUUAUCAUUUACAAAAUAAUGGAGUUCACCUUUAUGAGAAUUCUUUGGCUCAGUGACUGAAGGAUGCACUUUUUGGUUUCUGAGGUUUGGUUUGCUUUGUGGUUGGUUCUUGUUCUCUAAAUCGGUAGGUAAAAAGAAUAUUUGUUUUAGGGAAGGAUCUGAGUUCUAAUUGUUUCAACUAGAUAAAUCUAAUUUGCUCCUUUAAAUUGUUGAGAGCUGUGCACUUAAAAAAAAAUAUAAGUUCCAGUGCUUAUCAUUGAAUCUAAUGACA